AAAAAAGAAAAUGCCAAAUGUUGACAGUGUGAAAGUGGCAGUUCGAGUGAGACCUUUCAGUCAGAGGGAGAAGGAUGCAGGAAGUAGGUGUGUGAUUUCUAUGAACUCCAACAGCACAAGCAUAUAUGAUCCUAGGAAUCCAGGGCUCGUGAAAACCUUUACUUUCGAUCUGGCUUAUUGGUCUCAUAGCGGCUUUCUAAAGGACAAGAAUACAGUUACGCAGGCCAGGUAAGACUUUAUUCAAAGAGCUAAUUCAAAGCAAGAGGUCUUUCGUGACCUUGGUGAAGGAGUGCUGGAGAAUGCCUGGCAAGGUUACAAUGCUACUCUCUUAGCUUAUGGUCAGACCGGCUCAGGAAAGAGCUAUUCCAUGAUCGGAUAUGGUGCAAACAGAGGCAUAGUCCCAGUUGUUUGUGAAGAACUCUUCAAAGCGAUUCAGAAUCAGGAAAAGAACAAGCAAUACCAGAUUACUUUCAGUAUGCUGGAAAUUUAUAACGAACAGGUAAUAGACUUACUGUCUAAAACGAGGAAGCCUGGAGGGCUCAAGAUUAGAGAAGACCAGCAACAGGGAUUUUAUGUGGAUGGUCUGAAGCUGGUGCCUUGUGAUAAUUAUGCACAAAUUGAGAGGUUAAUGGAACAAGGGAAUAAGAUGAGAACGACAGCUACAACUACCAUGAAUGCUACCAGCAGUCGAUCUCACAUGGUAAUCACGAUCCAAUUCAAACAGAUUUUUCUAGAUGAAGCAGUCACUAAACAGUCGGUUAUAAAUCUGGUGGACUUGGCAGGAAGUGAAAGGCAAAAAUCCUCAGGAUCUGAAAAAGACAGACUGAAGGAAGGAACCCGUGUAAAUCUAAGUUUAACAACGUUAGGAAACGUCAUCAGCGCUCUGGCUGAGGGAGCUACUGGAAAGAAAGUGUUGCAUAUCCCAUACAGAGACUCGGUUCUGACUAAGCUCCUGCAAUCUGCUCUGGGGGGAAACAGCAGGACGAUCAUGAUUGCAGCUGUAAGUCCAGCAGACAUCUGUUAUGAAGAAACUUUGUCGACCUUACGAUAUGCUGAGAGGACAAAAAAGAUCAGGAACAAAGCAGUGGUAAAUGCAAGUCCCACUGAGAAGCUUACAAGAGAACUGAAGGCUGAAAAUACCAAGCUAUUGUCCAGGCUGGCUGGGCUCAGGAACCCAGGGACGUUAGCAGCUGAUGAAACACAGAAUUCAGCCGAGUUGGUUCCCAGGCACGCUUUGCAGGCAGAGUAUUUUACAGUGAUCACCGCUUGGUUAGAGGAAGACAAGGAAGAUGUCGGCUUUCGUUUUCAGUUCUGGAUGGUGACUGCAGCAACAAAUAUCUCAGCUAUUCAGCAGCAGGAAGAACUGCGUUAUUUGCUGGCUGAAAAGGAGCAGGGGAUUCAGAGCGUUCAGGUGACAUGGGAGUCUCGGCUGCAGGCAGCCCGGGAGGAGUGGGAGCAGCAGUACGCUGCAAUCGCUCAGGAGAGACAGAUGAUGGAAACAUUCCCUUAUCUCUUGAAUAUCAACGAAGACCCCCAGCUUUCAUGGGUUCUCAAGCACUUCAUUCAGGAUGGUUCUUCCGAGGUUGGUCAAUCAACCUCAAAUGCAAUAAUCCUAAGAGGUUUGGGCAUUUUGGACAAACACGCUACAUUUACAAAUGCUGAUGGCAAAGUUACCUUAACACCACACGAUAAGUGCAAAGCCAUUGUGAAUGGUGCGCCCAUCACAGGGAAAACAAAGCUACAGCACUUGGAUCGUGUUAUUCUGGGAUCAAACAGCGCUUUCCUGUAUGUUGGGCCACCUGCAGAACGAACAGAUGAAGACCUGAGCAGAUACGAUUAUGAUUUCUUUCAGUCAGAGUUGGCAGCGGCAGAAGGUUUUAGUGUAGAUGACCUUGGUGCUGCCGGCAGUAAGGACAGCAGAGCCGAUCCCGGCGUCCUUGCCGUUUUCCAUGAUUAUAUCAAGCUCAUGCCACUGGUAGCUGAAGUGAAUCAGAUGAGCGAGGAGCUGAAGAAGGACCUCAAGUUUGAACUGAAGGUGAAAAAUCUAGCCUCAACAGACUCCAGAGGAUAUGACCUACAAAAGGAAAUAAUGGUAAAAGUGACACAUGCAACUACUAAUCAGGUGUGGGUAUGGUCAAAGGCCAAGUUCAUAAAUAGGAAGUUUCUAAUGGAAGAGCUUUACCAGCGUUUUCAGGAAGGCGAGGACACCCACGUGAACCAGGACAGCGAUCCAUUCUGGGACCCGGUGGAGGUUGUUCACUUGGGGUCUGCUCACGUCUGGCUUCAGUCGCUGGCGUACUGCGUGCAGCUGGAGGAGCAGACUGAGCUUCUGAAUUCGGAGGGGCUGGAGGAGGCUGUUGUGCUAAUAAACCUAUCUCCGUGCUCCAGGGACGGGAGAAUCCUUGGGGAAGACGAUACGGUCAUCGAUCCUUUGGAGUUGCUGGGAAGAAGGGUUGAUUUCCAGAUUCACAUCGCAGAGUGCCUUGGAGUCAAAUGGCUGCAAGAUGCUGUGGGAAGAGGCAUUCAGAUAGGGUAUAGAGUUUAUGAUCUUCCACGGUUCUUAUACACAAAGCCUGCCUGGAAAAAUGUGAAUCCAAAGAUAGAAGAAACAGUCCACUUCUCAGCUCUAAAUGCAUCCUAUGAAUUUUUGAAUUAUUUACAGGAAAAUGCUUUAAUUGUUGAUUUGUGGGGACUUCAAGAAGGUUGCACAGCGAUGGACUGCUCCCUAGACGGUCUGCUGCUCACACCUGAGGGCACCAUUAUCGUUGACAAUCCUAAAGCUUUGACUGCAAAUGAUGUUGGCCUGGAUCCAGCUAACCACGUGUCCGAACUGUACAGGAAACUGCUGCAGAUGGAAGAAGAGACUGAACUGCUGAGAGAGAUCAACAGAGCUUUAAGAGAAGACAAUUUGCUUCUUAAGGACAAGCUAAAGAAGUGGGACACAAGCCACCAUGAAAGUCUGUGCCUGUCACAAGUGUCUAUUUCAUGCUUUUGCUAGAGUUCUCUCAUUUACCCGUAGUGCCUCAGGAGGCAGGCUGUAGAGAGCUGGCUUAUAUCCCACUGAUUUUUUUUUCCCAGCUGACAAAGGGAAUAAGACUAUCAAUCACUUACUUUCAAUGGCAGUAAAUUCAGGAUUAAUUUUUUUGUUUACCAGUUUGAACUUUAUUUUAUUAAUAAAAAUAUCUUGCAUUUUAGCGAUGCAAUCAGAGUCACCCACCAAGACAAUUAGGAUGACGAAACAGUCUCUGUCACUGAGAGGAACUGAGGCGAUGCACAGUCCUCGGACCAGCUGCGAUGCGGAAUUUGCUAAGGCCCUUAAAAUCUUCUAUCAAAACAUGAACAUAGUCAGACAGCAAGUCCUUCAGUUGAAGCACUCCAGGCCACCGGUACGUAAGCCUCCCACAGCGUUUUAAACACAGGAGGCACCUUUCUGAUUCCAAGAAAUUUUGUGCUAGUUUUAGCAAUCUGAAAAUGGAGGUAUCAUUGGUUUUGUCUCUUUCUUGCUACAUUUUUUUUUUUUGGUCCUGGAGUGAGAUGCCUUGUUUCCAUGCAUUUUGUACAGCACCCAAGGUGCUGUUAAGGCCUGCAGACUAGGUAGUCUGAUAUGCUGGUUGUAACACUAAAAAAAGUUGAGCAUGGUCAGCACAAAGGCAAGCUUCUCUACAGAAAUGUUUGCCUGUUGGAAAAGGAAUACUUUACUUUAACCAGGCCUGUUGAAAGAAACAGUAUUUAGCUGGGUGUCAACUUAGCGCUUGUAAGAAGUUGACUUGCCAGCACCUUCAUAUAUUUGCUUUCCAGGAUGGGUUUUUUUUUUGCAUUUGUUUUUUAAUUUAUGUAAGCCCUUAUUUCAGGCUCUGACAAAUUUAAGUAAGUCAAAAAAUGAAGCUUCAGCACAUGUGUGCACACACACAUGGUCAGCUUCUUCAGCAGCAUGAUGCAAACCAACUUUUAGACUGUGAGCGACUCAAUAUUCAGUAAGUCUCCUUGCCUGCUUAGAAAAUGAGACACUGUUUUUCUGAAGCUCAUCAGGAGUGGGGAAUGCACAUCAAAAAUAUGUUGCCAAAUGGCACAAACAAACAGUUGAGGCUAGUUAUGAAGCUAACAUAUGGUAGCCCACCUGUGGCUCUUAAGCCUUAUGCAGCUUGUGUCCUGCUUAAUUCCUACAGCUGUUCCUGCAGGAGAGCAAGUGCUGCAACUUAUUUGGCCAGGAGAAAAAGCAGUGCUUGGUUUCCAAGCACAUCAUUCCAGCUGUCAUGUGCUAAUUUGCUGUGGCAACAGAACAUGCUACUAUGAUCCUAAUUUUAGUUUAUGAGGUUGUGGCUUGUUCUGUUAGUUCCCUCCCCUUUUACUCAGUUACCACCUUAGUUAACCUGCAAGACCAUCAGGUAGUCUUUGCUGUAUAAACAAAAAAAUGGUAUGCACGUUGAUCCUAACUCAUUCCCUUUAUUAUGUUUUAGCAGGAAGAUAAUCUGCAGGUACUACGUCUUUUUACAGAGAGACAGUCACAGCUGAUAAACAAUUUUGGGAAACAAUUUGAGUCUACCAUUUGCAAGCUUAAAAGUGACGUAGCUGUUAUAGUUAAGAAGAAGCGGGGAAUGUACAGCACAUAGCAGAUCUUGAGGAGCCACUUCUAAGAACACAUCUGAGUACAGGUGAGUUUUGUUUGUCAUUAAAUUCUGUAAUGAGCACAGUAUAGACGACAUACUCAAAGCAAAUGUUUUGCCCACUCCCUUAGCAUAUUUGUUUACCAUGCAUCAGUCCACUUAAAAAAAAAAA